AUGGGCCAACCUUGGAACCUUGCUGCUGCGAGGAAGUUGGAAGAGGCGAAUGGGGACGAGGAAAUCCUAGUAUCGCUGGAGCUGAAGUGUAGGUCCAGCGCGUAUGGUCGCCCCCUAUCGGCUGCGGCUUUACUCGGUGCUGCAGGGUGUGCGGGUGGCGGGGUGGAUGUGCAUGGUGACUACGGUUUGGAAAUGUGGCCGGGUAGUAAUUGA